UCACCAAAAAAAAAGAAAAAAAAAAAAAAGAAAACAUCUUUCUCUCUCAUCGUACACAUUCAGCCAUUUUCUGCAUAUUUUCACACUUGAAUCUCUCUCCUAUAAAAACCCCAAUCUCCAACACUAAAAUUACACAUUACCCACUUUCACAAACACCUGAAAGAAGAAGAGAGAGAAAGCAAGGAGUUGUAAUUUGUAAAAAUGGCGAGUGAAAGUGAAGUGAGCAACAAACAGAUUAUAUUUAAAGACUACGUUGUUGGGUUUCCUAAAGAAUCAGACAUGGAAAUCAGAACUUCCAAAAUACUCCUGAAAGUUCCAGAAGAUUCUACUGGGAUUCUUCUUAAGAAUCUUUAUCUAUCCUGUGACCCUUAUAUGAGGAGUCGUAUGAGCAAGCAUGAUCGCCCUACUUAUGUCACAUCUUUCCAACCUGGAUCGCCUAUUACGGGAUAUGGAGUUGCCAAAGUUGUGGAUUCCCGGCAUCCAAACUUCAAGGCAGGUGACCUUGUAUGGGGAAUGACUGGAUGGGAAGAAUAUACUCUUACUACGCUCACAGAUCUGUUUUUCAAAAUUGAGCAUACGGACGUGCCUCUUUCUUACUAUACAGGACUUCUUGGUAUGGCUGGCAUGACAGCUUAUGUUGGUUUCUAUGAGCUUGGAUCUCCUAAGAAGGGAGAUCGUGUAUAUGUCUCUGCAGCAUCUGGUGCUGUUGGUCAACUAGUUGGACAACUUGCUAAAUUGACUGGUUGCUAUGUUGUUGGAAGUGCUGGAAGCAAAGAUAAGGUUGAUCUAUUGAAAAACAAGUUUGGAUUUGAUGAAGCCUUCAACUACAAGGAAGAGGAAGAUUUGGAUGCGGCCUUGAGGAGGUAUUUCCCGGAGGGCAUCGACAUUUAUUUCGAGAACGUUGGAGGGAAGAUGCUUGAGGCUGUUUUAUCAAACAUGAGAAACAAUGGUCGAAUCCCAGUCUGUGGAAUGAUAUCACAGUACAAUCUUGUAGAGCCGGAGGGCGUUCAUAAUUUGUUCAAUAUUACCACAAAGCGCAUUCGUAUGGAAGGAUUUAUUGUGGGUGAUUACUAUCAUCUUUACCCUAAAUACCUGGAAAUGAUCUUACCACACAUCAGGGAGGGUAAGAUUUCUUAUGUUGAAGAUGUUGCUGAAGGUUUGGAGAGCGCUCCUUCAGCCUUGAUUGGGCUCUAUUCUGGCCGUAAUGUUGGGAAACAACUUGUUGUAAUUGCUCAGGAAUAAGGUCUAUCAAACUAAGCGUGAAUGUCUUGUGUUCAGCGUGUAAGUUGUGAUGUUCGGAGCGUAAUUAUAUGUUUCUUGUUCUUGAAAAAGAGUUGUUUGUAGCUGUUAUGGUGAAUAUGCAAUUCAUAGUUCCUGUACUAGUGCGUUUUGCAUUACUGUCUGUACUUUAUAAAAUUGAUUCAGAUCA